GGCUACAACAUGUCCCAUAAGGCAUUCUGUUAACGCACCAUCCACAUGCACGUUUAACAUUUUACACACGGAAACAUGGCUGUGUUCAUGGACUUGAAUAUUACCUACACAACCGACAAGAAACGACUUCGGAGUGUUAUUGAAACAGCAGCGCACCUUGGAUACUCUACAGUUGCCAUCAAUUAUGUUGUUGAUUUGCAACAAAAGAAACAGGAAAUUGGCAAACCAAAGUGUGUCUUAGAGCUGUUUGAUACAUUUCCCAUAGUGCAGGGUAAAUCCAGACCAAUCAAGGUGUUAAACCGAUUGACAGUUGUGGCCUCUGACCCAUCACACUUUAGACCAAAUGCAGAGUACAAAGCCUAUGACUUAGUGGCUGUCUAUCCUACAACAGAGAAGUUGUUUCAUGCAGCCUGCAUGACAUUUGAUGUUGACAUAAUUUGUGUAGCAGUGAUAGAAAAACAACCCUUCUUUUUCAAAAGAUCUCCAAUAAAUGGGGCAAUUGAAAGAGGUGUGUUCUUUGAGAUAAGUUACACACCUGCUAUUCGAGACUCCACCAUGAGAAGAUACACCAUCGCAAAUGCCAUCAGUCUCAUGGAGACGUGCAAAGGGAAGAAUGUAAUUGUGACCAGUGGGGCAGAAAAGUUUUUUUCUCUCAUUCAGCCCCUUGAGUUGAGGGGACCCUACGACAUUGCCAACUUAGGCCUUCUGUUUGGGCUGUCAGAAGGAGAUGGCAAAGCUGCUAUCUCAACCAACUGUCGAGCUGUCCACUUACAUGGAGAAACAAGAAAGACUGCCUUGGGUAUCGUACACACUAUGAAGAAAGACCAGCCGUUGACUGAGAGACAGGAGGAAGAGCAUGCUCCAGUGUCAAAGAGGGCUAAGAUUGAGACUGUGUAGAUUGCUAAUACUGUGUAAAGUGGUGGCUUGUUUUGAUUUUGAAACUGUUUAUUUAUGGAAAGAGAAUGUGUUUAUGGAAUUAGCCUUUUAUGGAUACAUGCUCCAUAUUUGUAGACAAUUGUUUUGUGACAUUUUCUUUUAUAUUAAAGAGAAUUUUGAAAUGUA